CGCGGGUCUGGAGAGGGGGGCCACAGGGUCUGGAGACCCCAGGCGGCGGACGGAGCCCUCCCCCUGCCCCGCCUCCGGGGCACCAGCUUCGGCUCCAUUGUUCCCGCCCGGACUGGAGGCGCCGGGCGCCGAGCGCCACCGGGAGUCGAGCGCCGGCCGCGGGGCUCUCGCGGCCCCGCCAGGAGCCCGGGGGCGGCGGGCCGGAGCCGGGGAGCCGGGCGCCCGCCCGCCCGCACAAGCCACGGCGGACUCUCCAGAGGCGGAACCGCAGCGCCCAGUGAGAGUCAGCUUGAAAAGGAGGAUCAAGCUCAAAGCAGAGUCUCCAUGGAGGUGUGGAGCCUUGUCACCAACCUCUAACUGCAGAACUGGGAUGUGGAGCUGGAAGUGCCUCCUCUUCUGGGCUGUGCUGGUCACAGCCACACUCUGCACUGCCAGGCCGGCCCCGACCUCGCCUGAACAAGCCCAGCCCUGGGGAGCCCCUGUGGAAGUGGAGUCCUUCCUGGUCCACCCUGGUGACCUGCUGCAGCUUCGCUGUCGGCUGCGGGACGAUGUCCAGAGCAUCAACUGGCUGCGGGACGGGGUACAGCUGGUGGAAAGCAACCGUACCCGCAUCACAGGGGAGGAGGUGGAGGUGCGGGAUUCUGUGCCCGCUGACUCCGGCCUCUACGCUUGCGUGACCAGCAGCCCCUCGGGCAGUGACACCACCUACUUCUCCGUCAAUGUCUCAGAUGCUCUCCCCUCCUCGGAGGACGACGAUGACGAUGAUGACUCCUCAUCAGAGGAGAAAGAGACAGAUAACACCAAACCAAACCGUAUGCCCGUGGCUCCAUACUGGACAUCCCCAGAAAAGAUGGAGAAGAAACUGCAUGCAGUGCCUGCUGCCAAGACAGUGAAGUUCAAAUGCCCUUCCAGCGGGACUCCUAACCCCACGCUGCGCUGGUUGAAAAAUGGCAAAGAAUUCAAACCUGACCACAGGAUUGGAGGCUAUAAGGUCCGUUAUGCCACCUGGAGCAUCAUAAUGGACUCCGUGGUACCUUCUGAUAAGGGCAACUACACCUGCAUUGUGGAAAACGAGUAUGGCAGCAUUAACCACACCUACCAGCUUGACGUUGUGGAACGGUCCCCUCACCGUCCCAUCCUGCAGGCAGGGUUACCUGCCAACAAGACAGUGGCCCUGGGCAGCAAUGUGGAGUUCAUGUGUAAGGUGUACAGUGACCCACAGCCCCACAUCCAGUGGCUAAAGCACAUCGAGGUGAACGGGAGUAAGAUUGGUCCGGACAACCUGCCUUAUGUCCAGAUCUUGAAGACUGCCGGAGUUAAUACCACCGACAAAGAGAUGGAAGUGCUUCACUUAAGGAAUGUCUCCUUUGAGGACGCGGGGGAGUAUACGUGCUUGGCGGGUAACUCUAUCGGACUCUCCCAUCACUCUGCAUGGUUGACCGUUCUGGAAGCCCUGGAAGAGAGACCUGCAGUAAUGACCUCCCCGCUGUACCUGGAGAUCAUCAUCUACUGCACGGGCGCCUUCCUCAUCUCCUGCAUGGUGGGGUCUGUCAUCAUCUACAAGAUGAAGAGUGGCACCAAGAAAAGCGACUUCCACAGCCAGAUGGCCGUGCACAAGCUGGCCAAGAGCAUCCCUCUGCGCAGACAGGUAACAGUGUCGGCUGACUCCAGCGCGUCCAUGAACUCAGGGGUUCUGCUUGUUCGGCCCUCGCGUCUCUCCUCCAGCGGAACCCCCAUGCUGGCUGGGGUCUCCGAAUAUGAGCUUCCCGAAGACCCUCGCUGGGAGCUGCCUCGAGACAGACUUGUUUUAGGCAAACCCCUGGGAGAGGGCUGCUUUGGGCAGGUGGUGCUGGCGGAGGCCAUUGGCCUAGACAAGGACAAACCCAACCGCGUGACCAAAGUGGCUGUGAAGAUGUUGAAGUCGGAUGCAACAGAGAAAGACCUUUCAGACCUGAUCUCAGAAAUGGAGAUGAUGAAGAUGAUCGGGAAGCACAAGAACAUCAUCAACCUGCUGGGGGCCUGCACGCAGGAUGGCCCUCUGUACGUCAUCGUGGAGUACGCCUCCAAGGGCAACCUACGGGAGUACCUGCAGGCCCGGAGGCCGCCUGGGCUGGAGUACUGUUACAACCCCAGCCACAACCCCGAGGAGCAGCUCUCCUCCAAGGACCUGGUGUCUUGCGCCUAUCAGGUGGCCCGAGGCAUGGAGUAUCUCGCCUCCAAGAAGUGCAUCCACCGAGACCUGGCCGCCAGGAACGUCCUGGUGACAGAGGACAACGUGAUGAAGAUUGCAGACUUUGGCCUAGCUCGGGACAUUCACCACAUCGACUACUAUAAAAAGACGACCAAUGGCCGGCUGCCUGUGAAGUGGAUGGCACCCGAGGCCUUGUUUGACCGGAUCUACACCCACCAGAGUGAUGUGUGGUCUUUUGGGGUGCUCCUGUGGGAAAUCUUCACUCUGGGAGGCUCCCCAUAUCCUGGUGUGCCUGUGGAGGAGCUUUUUAAGCUGCUGAAGGAGGGUCAUCGAAUGGACAAGCCCAGUAACUGCACCAACGAGCUGUACAUGAUGAUGCGGGAUUGUUGGCACGCGGUACCCUCUCAAAGACCUACCUUCAAGCAGCUAGUAGAAGACCUGGACCGCAUUGUGGCCUUGACCUCCAACCAGGAGUAUCUGGACCUGUCAAUGCCCCUGGACCAAUACUCUCCCAGUUUUCCUGACACCCGAAGCUCUACCUGCUCCUCAGGGGAGGAUUCUGUCUUCUCUCAUGAGCCGUUGCCUGAGGAGCCCUGUCUGCCCCGACACCCAGCCCAGCUUGCCAAUGGUGGACUCAAACGGCGCUGACUAGCACCCCAGCACUGCCCCUCCCGGAACUUUAUCGUCAGUUGUAACUCUCACCCACUGCCCCCUGCUGGACUCACUGCCUUCCCCUUUGCCCCUUUCCUGCUGGUAGGAGCCAGCUGCCUACCCGAGGCCUUCACCCCACUGAGCUCACCUCUCUUCCUCCUCCUCCUCUCAACCUGCUUAUGAGAGAGAGGAGCAGAGAGGCAGGUACUUGUUGACGGCCACUCCGUUCCUCCCAGAUGUUGGACCAAGACCCCUCCCUGCCACUGGGCACUGCCUGGAGGGUUAGGGAGCGGGAGGUGAGCAUGCUGAGCAGGCAUGCACGCAAGAGCGGACUGAGCUUUCUUGUGUCGGUUUUGUCUGCUUCACCGUUACCCAUAAGCCCUUGUGUUCUGGUAGCAGGUGCCUCGUCCCCAAGGCUACAGUAGUAGGGAGGGGAAGUCAGGCUUCGGGCCUCGGUUGGAGGUGACCUCUGCUCCAGAUAGAUGGUGCCAGUGGCUUAUUAAUUCUGAUACUAAUUUGCUUUGCUGACCAAAUACCUGGUACCAGAGGAUGGGGAGGCAAAGGCUGGGAGCAGUGUCAUGGCCCUGGGGCCCAGCCCCGAACUGGGGGCUUUGUACAUAGCUAUGAAGAAAACACAAAGUGUAUAAAUCUGAGUAUAUAUUUACAUGUCUUUUUAAAAGGGUCGUUACCAGAGAUUUACCCGUUGGGUAAGAUGCUCCUGGUGGCUGGGAGGCAUCAGUUGCUAUAUAUUAAAAACAAAGAAAAAAGAAAAAAAAAAGGAAAAUGUUUUUAAAAAGGUCAUAUAUUUUUUGCUACUUUUGCUGUUUUAUUUUUUUAAAUUAUGUUCUAAACCUAUUUUCAGUUUAGGUCCCUCAAAUAAAAAUUGCUGCUGCUUCAUUUUUAUAUGGGCUGUGUGACAAGGGAGAGAAUGUCAACUGAAAAGGAGCAAGGAUCACGGGCCCUGGGUCUGUGUGUCUGUCCAGAGGGCACUGCACGUUCCCCGGAGUUUCCUCCUAACCUCUUCCUUUUUAGGUCCUGUACUGCAACCUCCGGACAAGCCUCAGACCUCUCGGAUGCUUUUGGAAAGGCAGGAAAAGAAGACACCUGCAUGAGGGGCAGGAGCCUCCUGUCAGGGCACCAGAGGGGCUGGGCGGAAAGCCAAGACCCCGCAGCCCUCAACCACAGAUUGUUUCCUCAGGGGAAACUGGCGGGGUCGGGUAGGUCAGAGGGUCAGAGAGGGAGCAGGGGCCAAGGGGCAGAGCU